UGUCCAUCUAUCUCUCUAUCGCUCUCUCACACAAAUAAAACAAACACAGAGGAGAAAACCAUAAGUAACACAUUUUACAGUAUAUUCUCCACAAGUAUAUCAUAACAGGCCUCUGAAUAUGGAACACUACAACAUUACUGGAAUUGGUACCGAGGGUUUGCGUGAAAAGCAAGAAGAUUUCAUGGCAACAGAAUUUGUUGAAAUGGAAGCAGGAAGACCUCUUAUGGGAAGAGUGAAAAAUCCCUACUCCAGCUCCCUCUCUUCUCGCCAAAUGGAGUCCCUUAAAGCCUUAUGCGACACCUAUUUGCCCUCAAUAGAUGGUUUCCACACAAAACAUGAUGAAUCCACGGCUAGAUUCUACCAAACUUCAGCCUCCGUGGCCGGAACUCCACAACGUCUUGGAGGAUUGAUAAGUGAAAGACUGCAACAUCCAAAGCUUUUUAUGGCAAGACUAGCACUGUGGUUUCUAUCAACAAGUAUAGGAACCUUUGCGUUGUGUGGGAUUGCAAGUUUGUCAGGCAAUUUUCCCUACUUGCAGAAGUUUUCUCAGGUUGCACCAGAAAAAAGAGAACAAAUAGUGCUUUCGUGGUCCCGUAGCAUCAUAUUUCCCUUAAGACUUCUCUUCACAGCCUUGAAAGUUCUCAUUCUACUAGUAUUCUUCAGCCAGGUGGAUGACAAGGAGGAAAAUCUGUCUUGGAAAGCAAUUGGAUAUUGUGGACCUGAUCCAGACUUCAAAAGACAAACUCAACGUAUUAAAACAUUAAAACAAAUGUUUGAGUCAGCAGAAGACCAAAAACAAGACGAAGCAAGUGCAGAAGAGUUGUUUGGACCUCUAUACAAAGGGAUUGUUAAUCUUGACAGACCUAAACAAUUUGUCUUUGAGAAAUUGCAAAAUGCAGGGUUUUCUGUUUCCGCAUCAUCUCAUUUGAAGAAUGCAAAGUCAAAGUACAAUAGGCCAUCUUUCAGGAUCAAAUGUGAUGCUGUUGUAGUUGGUUCUGGCUCUGGUGGAGGAGUUGUGGCUGGUAUACUUGCAAAAGCAGGCUACAAGACUCUUGUCUUAGAAAAAGGUAAUUAUUUUGCAAGAACCAAUCUUUCGCUUCUUGAAGGAUCUACAAUGGAUCAAAUGUACCUUGGGAGUGGUUUCAUGGCAACCGAAAAAAUGGAUGUUAUAUUUCUUGCUGGAUCAACAGUAGGUGGAGGAUCUGCUGUGAAUUGGUCAUCGUCAAUUCGAACGCCUCCCCAUGUAAUCAAAGAAUGGAGUGAAAGCUAUGAACUGGAAUUAUUUGAUAGUAAAUUAUAUGAGGAGGCUUUGGAUGCUGUCUGUCAAAAAAUGGGAGUUCAAUCUGAAAUUGAAAAUGAAGGGUUCAACAACAUGGUUUUGAGGAAAGGGUGUGAGGAAUUAGGCUAUCCUGUGAAUACUAUACCAAGAAAUGCAACAGCUGAUCAUUAUUGUGGCUGGUGCUGCUUUGGUUGUAAAGAUGGAAGAAAGAAAGGUACUUUAGAGACAUGGCUGGUGGACCUACUCAAUUCAGGCAAUGGGCUGAUUCUUCCAGAGUGCAAAGCCAUAAGAGUCCUUCAUAAAAGGAAAAACAAGAAAAAAGGAAGACAUGCUGUUGGGGUUGCCUUCAAAUUUCAGAAUCAAGGAGUGGAAGAAAUCGGCAUUGUGGAGUCAAAAGUUACCAUUGUUGCCUGUGGUGCUCUUUCUACUCCUGAAUUACUGAUAAAAAGUGGCUUAAAAAAUCCUAACAUUGGCAAGCACUUGCACAUUCACCCAGUAGCUAUGGCAUGGGGCUAUUUUCCUGAUACAACGCCUGAUCCAUGGCCUGAAGCAGAGAAGAAAAGCUAUGAAGGGGGCAUAAUGACUGCAAUGUCAACAGUUGUGGCCAAUUUCGAAGGAUCAGGCUAUGGUGCUGUGAUUCAAACACCAGCGCUUCACCCUGGAAUGUUUUCAGCCCUAAUGCCCUGGACUUCAGGCCGAGAUUUCAAAGACCGAAUGUGCAAGUUUUCCAGGACUGCACAUGUCUUUGCAUUGGCAAGAGAUAAAGGAUCAGGGAAACUACUCUAUCCAAAUUCCAUAACUUACAAUAUGGACAAGAUUGAUGAAGAGAAUAUCAAAAGAGGACUAGAGAAAGUCCUGAGGAUACUUGCAUCUGCUGGAGCUGAAGAAAUCGGAACUCAUCAUGUCAAAGGAAGGAGCAUUAAUGUGAAGAAAGUAAGUUACACAGAGUUUGACAAGUUUGUGAAGGAAGAAAGCUCCAGAUCACUGAAGGACCUUGCAACACCAAUAUGUUCAGCUCAUCAGAUGGGCAGUUGUCGAAUGGGGGUGGAUCCAAAGAUAUCGGUGGCAAAUCCCAUUGGUGAAACAUGGGAGAUUGAAGGACUAUACCUUGCUGAUUCAAGUGUUUUUCCAACUGCAUUAGGUGUGAAUCCAAUGGUCACGGUACAAGCCAUUGCUUACUGCACUGCUCAGUCUGUUCUUGAAUCUUUAAGGAGGAAAAGAGGUAAAUAGCAAGAAAAAUAUUCUGUUUUCGGAUUGAGGUUUCUUUUCAAACUCUGUCAUCUCUGGAUUAAAGGCAAGAAAAGUGAAUGGUCUGUGCCAGUUGAAUUCUCAAA